CCUAUUGUUCGGUAACUGUUUUGGACUCCUACUAAUUCGAAUUUGGCUAGAAAGUUUCGUUUUGGAGAAAGCGCCCCCUAUCAAAAAGUGGCACCAUUCUUUAGUGUUACUACUUACUGAUUACAGCCUUACAAUUAGCUUAUGUAAAGCUAACCUUUAAGGGGCCCAAAGUCACAGUGGCUUUAUUAUUAAAGCAGUUGCCAAGUGCCAACACUAAAAAAAGUUAAAAGGUGGAAGAUAGAUUACUUGGAAUCUAAAUCCUCCAAUGAAUCAUCAGCUUCAAGUAUCAGAUGAAGAAGAGGAGGAAGAGGAAGCUUUUCAAGAAAAUGGCAUUGAAAACCUUCAAAGUCACUACCAAAACCAGCACAUCCAGCAAUUGCCACAGCCACUCUGCCCAAAACCAGCAAAAUGGGCUAAUUUCACAGCAUGUGAACAAGAAUUGAACAAAGUGACAGAACAAAUGAAGCCAAAGAGAGCUAAAAUGGACGUGAUAGAAGUCCACGGAGGCCGAAUUAUACGAGCCACAGGAAGAAAAGACAGGCACAGCAAGGUUUCAACGGCAAAGGGUCCGAAGGACCGAAGAGUUAGGCUAUCACCAAACACUGCAAUUCAGUUCUAUGAUGUGCAAGACAGGCUUGGCUACGACCGUCCAAGUAAGGCCAUUGAUUGGCUGAUUAAUGAAGCUAAAGCUGCAAUUGAUGCUCUUGGUGAGUUCCCUAGUAAUUCCCAUUGUACUAAACUUAAUUCCAAAAUGCAGUGUUCAUUUGAUCAACAACAAAACCCAAGAUUUAGUAGUGUUUCCAAUACUGAAUGUGGAGUUCAGGACAACCAGCAGGAGGUGAAUUAUGACAUCCCAAUUCAGAAUGUUAACUUGUUUCCAUCAUCUGAUGGUUCCAAGAAUCCAUUCUUCAGUGAGUUCCACAGCUACCCAAAUGUCCAUUUUCUCAAUUUCCAGUCUUUACAAGACAACACAAUCCUUUCCUCUAGCAAUCAUCAUCAAGGUAGCUUCUCAACCACCACUUCAAUUCCUUUGAAUUCCAACAUGGAAAUGGCUAGAUUUAGAAGAAGUCUAAAUGAGAAUAUUGCAAGUUCAAAUUCAAGAAAUGGAGAGGUGGGAGAGGAUUCCUCAUUGAAUCAUUUAGCACAUCAUUUCCCAUCAGUUUUAAGUCAAAAUCAGGUCUUUUCUCAUAGGGAACCCCUUCAGUCCAGCAUUUUUCCUCUAACCAGAGAUCCAUUAAGCACACAACAUCACACACUUUCUUACGGAUUUGCCAAUGAUGGUUUCUCAGGAGUAACUUCGAGUGCACCAAGAAUUCAAGGGGAAGAAGAGCAGGGCACAAUGUUUUCUGCUUCUUGACCCACUGCAUUAUCAAGAUUCACCAUCAGAAUAUAUAGAUAGACUUAGUUUUUUCUACUAUAUAUUUCCUUUUCAGAAUCUUUUUUCUUUUUCUCAGGAGCUGAAAUCUUUGCUGCGUGGACCUAAUGCACAAUUUCUUAUGUUAUUUAUUACUGUAUUAGUAUUAGUAGUAUUUUUGAUAUGAGAUGUUUAUCCAAAUUUUAUUACCUUCUUGUCUCUAAUUAAGCUUCUGUAAAAUUC